CUAUCAAUAUUUUACUCCAUACGCAUGCGUGAUGUCGAAAAUUUCGAUCAGAGAUUUGGGAUUACUGCAAAUUACUGGAAGCACGUGGAAAUUGCAAAGAUUUGUGCUUAUAAAUAUAAUACUUAAGUAUUAAUAAUUUGAUAAAGCAAAGAUUAUAGAUUAUUCAAGUCAGUCGUAAAACUUAUCGUCAAAAUGAAGGUGAAAAAGAAAGGCCAGAAGCCUCUUAAUUUAUUAAGGAAGAAAAAAUUGGAGAUUGUUAAAAAAAAGAAAAAAGAGUUGAGCAAGUUGACUACAGAAGAGUUCUUUGAACAAAAUUUUGAAACAGACAAUGAUACACAUGAUGAUGAUGAAGAUAACAAUAUAGAUGACUCUAAUGAACAUAUGGAUAGCGACAGCAGUGAAGAUAAUUUGGAUCCUGAAGAGCACAAAAAGUCAUUGAUGAAACUGAAAGACACUGAUCCUGAAUUUUACAAAUAUCUGAAGGAAAAUGACAAAAAUCUUCUGGACUUUAGAGUGUCUGACGAUGAAGAUGAUGAGGAUGAUAAUGAAUCUGAUAAUAGACAUAUUCCCAAUGAAAAUUUGGAGGUUGCUAGCGACGAUAGUGAUUUUCAGGCGGAAGAAACUGAAGGUGGUUCAAAAAAGAAGAUCACUAUGCAAUUAUUGAAAACUUGGCAACAACAAAUACAAACAGAUAAUUCAAUAAUCACUAUUAAAUGUGCUGUAGAAGCGUUUCAUGCAGCUUUAGAAAGUGUUGCAGAAUUACCCAAUACAAAUACAGAAUAUAAAGUAGAAGGAAGUGCAGCUUUUAAUGGUGUAAUGCAACUAUGUAUAAUGUAUCUGCCUGAUGCAUUUAAAAAUUUUUUGAAACUGGAAUCGGAAUCACAAGAAGCACAUAAAUCUAGAAAAUUUGGAAAAAUACGAUGGCUCUUAAAAUUAUACUUGUCUGAUUUAAUCAAAUUAUUACAAAGUGUAGCAUCGGCCAGUAUUCUUACAGUGCUUUUAAAGCAUCUACGCCAAAUGUUGCCUUAUACCCGCUCGUUCUCGUCUUUAACGAAACCAUUGCUAAGGAGUUUGAUAAAGUUUUGGUCAAUGGAAGAAGAGACUGUUCGAGUUACAGCCUUCUUAAAUAUAUUACAUAUUGCAACUAGCCAAGAAUCUGUAUUAGAGAAGCUGUUAAAGACCAUGUAUGUGAAAUAUGUUCAGAAUACAAAAUUCGUUUCACCUAACACGUUACCAGGAAUAAAUUUUAUGAAACAUUCUUUGGUUGAGAUUUAUUUGCUCGAUCAUAAUAUUUCAUAUAAUCAUGCAUUUUUAUAUAUUAGACAAUUAGCGAUUAAUUUAAGAAACGCCAUAACAUUGAAGAAAAAGGAAAACUUUCAAGCUGUAUAUAAUUGGCAGUACAUAAAUUCUUUGUGCUUCUGGACAGACUUGAUAACUAAAUCAAAGGAGAAAUCGAUGUUACGGUCGCUAUUAUAUCCGUUAGUCCAGAUUAUUGUUGGCACAAUAAAAGUCAUUCCAACGGCACAAUACUAUCCAUUACGAUUUCACUGUAUAGAAAUGUUAAUAACCAUUUCUAAGGAGACAGGAACGUUUAUACCCAUUUUGCCAUUUCUUUUGGAGAUAUUGGACUCUUAUGAUUUUAAUAAAAAGCAUAAAACAGUUACAAUGAAACCUAUACCGCUUAUUUGCAUAUUAAGAAUGUCAAAAUCACAAUUAGCAGAACAUGGUUUCAAGAAUAGCAUUAUCGAAACAGUUUAUCAAUAUAUCUUGGAAAAUGCAGCGAACGAAAGUCAUAAGAUAUAUUUUCCAGAUGUGUACAUACCUUGCAUAAUACAGUUAAAAGCGUUUCUGAAGAAAUGCCACGUGGCAACUUACUGUAAGAAGAUAAAACAACUUCUAAAUAUGAUUGAGGAAAAUAGAAAAUACAUUGAAACGGAACGUGUUAAAAUAACGAUAGAUUUGAAGAAUACAACAGAAAUCACAAAUUGGGAAAAUAGAAUAAAAACGGAUGGUACAGAAAUAGCCAAAUUCUAUGCCUCGUGGAUUAAGAUUCAUAAGUCUCAGAUGCUUAAACUUCUUACGAAGAACGAGGAAGAACUCAAUGUACCAGCGAGGAUGCCGAAGAAGCAGAAACUAGAUGAGCACAGUGCAGAGGACAGCGAAGAAGAAAGUGAACUUGAAUUUCGGUUGAAAGGAACGGUAUCUGAAACAGAAACGAAAAAGUCAUUAAAUAAGACGAAAAAGCGCAAGAAAAACAAGGAAAAGAAGAAAACUAACAAUAUCGAGGAUGAAGAUUUGCCGAGAGAGGACACAGAUAUUGUGCAAGAUAUAAAUAGUGAUGAUUGGAGUUAAGAAAAUUUAACAAUAUUAAAAUGAUACUUGAUAUAAAAUGACCAAGAUUUACCAGAUAUUUAUUGACGUUUUUUGUUUCUACAGUUUUAACAAUAAAACAUCGAUCUAAAUGUUUGAAAAAUCUGGCAGUAUCCUGACCUGAAAAAAUGAGUUCCUAUGUUGGGAAUAAAAUCGUAUUUGGUUUUAACAUGACCGGUGUCCCUCUGCUCGAAACUGGUCUCCACAGAGAAAUGCGUCUUUCGCGCAUCCUUGUACAUGAUCUAUCACUGGCAGCAGCCAGUGAUAACUCUUAUCACGGCACCUUCAAAGUGAUCAUAAUAAUGUUGUCUAUUAAAAA